CACAAAGCUUGGUGUGAGGUUGUAACUCGAAGUGAGUGGACGACGGUACAUCGCACUUACAUAAGUGAGGCCACUUCGAGGGAAAGAGGGAUAAAAUGAGGUUGGUAGAAAACUUCCAGGCUUUUAAUUGGUCAGAAGCUCGUAAGCAUGUGGAUGAAGUACGAAACAGUGCUUUCCAACAAUUCUUACACCAAUAUCAGCAACAUAAAGAUAGAGAGGACGACCCUUUUAAAUGGGGAGAUGAGAUCGAAGGUCAUCUAAUUAAGUUUGACCAUGAAAAGAAAGUUGCACGACUUAGUCUACGUGCAAUAGAAGUAUUAAGAUGUCUGGAGGAAAUAUCGAAAAGUGAGUCAGCUGGCGAAUGGAGUGAGGAGGCUACCGAAUCAAUGGUGGAGAGUUCUCCCAGAGGUCCGUUUGGUGACGUCUUCAAAUCUUGUCUUCUGGUAGAAGAGAACAUGCUAGCCAGAAGAAAAGAAGUUCUUCAAGUUUUGAAUCCUGAUGAAACCUACCUGACCAUUUCUGUUUUCCCUCGUUUUGGACAAAAAGAUUUCACAGAACCUUUUUUCAAGCCGACACCAGAUAAAGGAAUUUUUAUGUCUUUAUUUGUGGCUGAUGAGGUGUUAUGUUCGCAAAAUGAACUUUACAGGUCAAUGACCAUCAAUGCAGAAGAACAAAGAGGUCAGAAACUUUUGUUAAAUGUUCCUAUUUUUCAGGAUACAAAAACACCAAAACCUUUUCUUGAGAAGUUUGUUGGAGCUGAUGAUGACGGCCAGUCGGAAGAAGGAGCUUUACCUGAUUGCAUCUUUGGUGAUUGUUGCUUGUUUGGCCUAAGUUUCUGUGCUUUACAAGUCACGGUACAAGCCCCGAAUCUAGAGGAUGCUAAAUACUUGUACGAUCACCUUACCGUUCUGAGUCCCAUAAUGAUGGCGUUAACAGCAGCUGUUCCAAUAUUUCGAGGGUAUCUAACAGACAGGGACUGUAGAUUUCAGAUUUUAUCAGAUGCUGUAGAUACAAGAACAAAGAUGGAAAAGGAGAAGCCCGAUCAGUUAGGUUAUACCGUUAUUCCGUGCUCUCGAUGGGAACCUGUAAGCUUUUAUCUGUCAACAGACCAUUCUAAACUAAACGAUGUUCCUAUCGUUUAUGAUGAAAAAUACUUCGACAAAUUGGUAAACUCAGGAGUAGAUCCUCAACUAGCUCGUUUAAUUUCUCGAUCUUUUGCUCGUGAUCCACUAUUCGUUUCGGAGAAGCAACUGGAGGAAGAUGAGACUGGAACAUUUAAUUUGCUCGUAGUUUUGCUCAGUACGACGUUUCCAACAAUCCGGCUCAAGAUUCCCGAUGCUGCUAAUAGCGCCUUCUGGCGAUUGGAGUUUAGACCCAUGGAGGUACAGUUUACAGACUACGAAAACGCAGCUUUUUCCAUAUUUGUGGUGAUUUUGGCCAAAAUCAUCCUUGAGAAAAAGUUAAGCCUACUCAUACCAAUCAGUAAGGUUCUCGAAAAUGUUGAAAGAGCCCAAAAACGUGACGCAGUAAGAAAUGAAAAGUUUUGGAUGAAAUCCAACUUCCAAGAUGAUGAUUCUGGGUGGGAAGAACUAACAGUUAACGAAGUAAUUAAUGGUAAAGACUCUGAUCAUGUUGGCCUCGUGUCUGUUAUUCGUCAGUACAUAAGUGAAAAUGUGUAGAUAAUAACGUUGCUGAAGCUUUAGAACGUUAUUUACGUCUCAUACAAGGAAGAGCCUCUGGUAUGUAUUUUCACGUACGAAUG